AUGGCUAAAGACGGCGUCGUCACGGUCUACAACAGCAGCGCCAUCACUGACUCCAAGAAGAACCCAUUUUCGCUCAAAGCUGGACUAACCCAGAUGCUGCACGGCAAGGCUAUUCUCGAAGUCACAAACGCAGAUCAAGCCAAGAUUGCCGAAGAAGCCGGCACUUGCUGUCUUAUUGUAUUGGAGCCCCUCCACCGAGAUAUUUCCCGCAUGCCCGACCCGUCCCUAAUCAAGGAAAUCAAAUGCACUGUCUCAAUCCCUGUAAUGGCCAGAGCCCAUGUCGGUCAUUUCGUUGAAGCCCAGAUCCUCGAAUCCAUCAGGGUCGAUUACAUCGACGAGAGUGAAGCUCUUGCUCUUGCAGACGAGGAAAACUUCAUUAACAAGCAUAACUUUCGCUACCCAUUUGUUUGUGGAUGUCAGAAUCUUGGGGAAGUGUUAAGGAGAAUAAGAGAAGGGGCAGCGAUGAUUAGGACUCAAGGGGAUUUAUCAGGAUUUGGAAAUAUAGCAAAGACUGUGAAGAACUUGAGAACAAUAAUGGGUGAGGUAAGAAUUUUGAAUAACAUGGAUGAAGAUGAAGUAUUCGCCUUUUCAAAGAAGAUAACGUCGCCGUAUGAUCUCGUGGCGCAAACCAAGCUAUUAGGCACUAUAAUGAUCCACAUGUGCUGGUGGAGACUAGCUGCGGGUUGGAGGAUAGCAUGGCUGGUUUGA